AAGAGCUCAUAAGCGUGUGUGCGUGCGUGUGGCCAAGAGACAGAUGUGAUUAGCUAAUGCUGUCAAAGAGCAUGGGCAGGGCAGGGCGAAAAGAGCCAAUGACAUCAUCUGCAGAAAGAGAGCGAGGGAGGGAGAGCACACGACGCAAUACAAGAUUGCCGGCCCAGGGCAGUGUGAGGAAGGAGGGCUGGUGCUCAUACACACACAGGACCAAGGAGCGGCGUGACAUCGGCGAGGCGUGCGUGCCGAAAGGGAUCACUCCCACCGAAUUGGAUAGAAGACUCCGCCUGGAAGAUUCUCUUGUUUCCCCCUCCCCUCCCUUCCCUUUCCCUCUCCCUCUCCCCUCUCCCUCCCCAUCCCCAACACUGAGCUUCUUCAGGUGGAUCCUCCGGGCAUGCUCCUUAAGCCAAAGUAUGACCGCUUUCGCAACGAGUCCGUGACUUCCUCCUCCGAUGACCUGAUGCAGAGCUUAGCCAUGAGUGGCAAAGUCGUGGCCACCCCUGUGGUGCCAUCCACAGCCCGCGGCCUCCCCCUGCCCCCCUUGGACUCCGGCGCAAGGUCCUCUGGAGCCGCGGCUCUGGCAGACUCACCCUGCCUGGAUGGGGACCAGGAUGGCACCACCACCUUCUGCAUGCUCAUCCCCAAGAUGCCGCAGUGGAAGUUCUCCAACUCCUUGCUCAGCCGAAGUCCGUCCAACUCCAGCUCCAGUUCCAGCUCCAGCAAGGACUCAAACAAAGCUGCCCACCAAGGGUCCCCUUCCUCAUCCUCCUCUUCGUCGACGUCGCAGAGGCACAGCGGAGCGCCGCCGGCCAGCGGCCCCGUGGCCAGUCUGGCUGCUGUGCUCAACUCCUGCGACCCGGUGUGUGUCACCCCGUGUUCUCUGCAGGCCAUUCGGGGGCAGAGAGCGGCGGCACAGUCCGGACACGGGUUGGGGGAGGUCACGGCGAGCCCCGGGGGUUCCGGCGGUGGAAGUUCCAGAUCGGGAAUGAGUCGUAGGAUGAGGGUGGAGGGCAUAUGGCAGAGCGGGGAGGAUUUCAGCCAGAAAGGCAGCUUCAUCCACAAGCCUUCCCAAGGAUGGCUGCACCCAGACAAGAAGAUUGCAGGACCGGGAGCCUCUUAUAUCGUCAGGUACAUGGGCUGCAUUGAAGUGCUGAAGUCAAUGCGCUCCCUGGACUUCAAUACGCGGACUCAGGUGACAAGGGAGGCCAUCAACAGGCUCUGUGACGCCGUGCCAGGUGGAAAAGGCGCAUGGAGGAAGAAGGCUGUGAAUAAAGCGCUUCAGUCCAUCAUGGGGAAGAGCAACCUACGCUUUGCCGGCAUGAGCAUCGCGGUCAACGUUUCCAUCGACGGACUGGGACUGCUCAUUCCUACCACGCGACAGAUGUUAGCCCACCACCCCAUGCAGUCCAUCUCAUUCGCUUCCGGCGGGGACACGGACGCACCCGAUUAUGUUGCGUACGUGGCAAAAGACCCGGUGAAUCAGAGAGCGUGUCAUAUUCUGGAGUGCUCGGACGGUUUGGCCCAGAAUGUCAUCAGUACCAUCGGCCAAGCUUUCGAGUUACAGUUCAAACAGUAUCUGCACAGUCCCCCCAAGACUUUGACGUCUUUGGACAGAUCCUUCAGGACAGAAGAGCCGGUGUGGGGCGAGGACGACGACUUCUCAGAGCAUGACUACUACAACAGCAUCCCGGGCAAGGAGCCUCCCGUUGGUGGGGUGGUGGACUCCAGACUACGGCCCAGUAAAUCUCAGCUAGCUCACAUCCACGCACAACCGCAAAGCAGGGCAUCACAAUUGAUGGGCUCACCAGCGAAAAGGGAGCAGGCGCCUCACCACGCAAGCGAGCUCUGCUAUGAACUUCAGUGGGACGUUGAUGCGAGCAGUGGCUCAGAUGGUUACCUGUGCGCUGAUGGCCAGCCGCCUGGCAAUAAAGACUACGAGGAGCACCAGUACGUGAACACGCAGAGUUUGGAGAACUUGGACUCUCUGGCUCACGGCCCCGAUGGAGGACAGAGAGGGGCCAGGGGGCCCGACAGUCCCAAGAAGGACCUCUUUGACAUGAGGCCUUUUGAGGACGCCCUAAGACUGCACGAGGCCGGCGGUGUCACUUCGGCCGACGGCGGAGGCGUGCCGCCGCUGGAAGACCAGUGGCCCAGUCCUCCGCGCCGUCGGGCCCCCGUUGCCCCCAACGAGGACCAACUUCGGCGGGAGACCUGGUACCACAGCCGCAUGAGCCGGCGGGAUUCCGAGAAGCUGCUUGUCCGAGACGGUGACUUCCUCGUGCGAGAAAGUACCACCAACCAAGGCCAAUACGUGCUGACGGGCAUGCACUGCGGCCUGCCUAAACAUCUGCUUCUCGUAGAUCCUGAGGGAGUGGUCCGGACUAAAGACAUGUUAUUUGAGAGCAUCAGCCACCUUAUCGCGUACCACCUGAAGAACGAGCUGCCUAUCGUGGCGGCCGAGAGCGAGCUCCACCUCAAGCAGGUGGUCAGGAGGAAACAAUGAGCCAUCUGCCCACCUUUUCCCUCAUUGGGACGUGCAAACCAAAUAAGGGGGCUGUUUAUCCCAAGGGGACACUUGUGUAACUAAAUGACAGAAAAGGAGAGUGAGACGUCGUCAUCGUCGCCUUUUUGGAUAUUCAUGUCGUCCAAACUGUCCCUGGCCAGCAUGCAGCUGUUAAGCUAAACAGAGGACCUCCAGGAUUUCCAUGUCUGUUUUACAGUUACCGCCCGCCCAUAGUUACAAACUUAAAUCACAUGAGUGACUCUGUUGGAGGAACAAAA